AGUGACCUCCGACGCCCAGGGCAAGAGAACGCCACCACGAGGGAUAACGGGAGGAAGGCCGGGGCAGCCAAGGCAGUCCCAGGCUCGUGAGGGAGGUGCGCAGACCGGACAGGGGCGUCCUCGGGGCGCCCGGCACCCCGCCACCAUGUGCGAGCUGUACAGCAAGCGGGACACUCUGGCGCUGAGGGGGAAGCACAUCGGGCCCUCAUGCAAAGUUUUCUUUGCUUCGGAUCCCAUCAAAAUAGUGAGAGCCCAGAGGCAGUACAUGUUUGAUGAGAACGGUGAACAGUACUUGGACUGCAUCAACAAUGUUGCCCAUGUGGGACACUGUCACCCAGAAGUGGUCAAAGCUGCUCUGAAGCAGAUGGAACUGCUAAAUACAAAUUCUCGAUUCCUCCACGACAACAUUGUUGAGUAUGCCAAGCGCCUUUCAGCAACUCUGCCGGAAAAACUCUCUGUUUGUUAUUUUACAAAUUCAGGAUCCGAAGCCAACGACUUAGCCUUACGCCUGGCUCAGCAGUUCACAGGCCACCAAGAUGUGAUCACUCUUGACCAUGCUUACCAUGGUCACCUAUCAUCCUUAAUUGAGAUUAGCCCAUAUAAAUUUCUGAAAGGAAAAGAUGUCAAAAAAGAAUUUGUACAUGUGGCACCAACUCCAGAUACUUACAGAGGAAAAUAUAAAGAAGACCAUGAAGACCCAGCCAGUGCUUACGCAGAUGAAGUGAAGGAAAUCAUUGAAGAUGCUCAGAGCAGUGGGAGGAUGAUUGCUGCCUUUAUUGCUGAAUCCAUGCAGAGUUGUGGCGGACAAAUAAUUCCUCCAGCAGGCUACUUCCAGAAAGUGGCAGAGUAUGUACACGGUGCAGGCGGUGUGUUUAUAGCUGAUGAAGUUCAGGUGGGCUUUGGCCGAGUUGGGAAACAUUUCUGGAGCUUCCAAAUGCAUGGCGAAGACUUUGUUCCAGACAUCGUCACAAUGGGAAAAUCUAUGGGCAACGGCCACCCAGUGGCAUGUGUGGUAACAACCAAAGAAAUUGCAGAAGCCUUCAGUAGCUCUGGGAUGGAAUAUUUUAAUACGUAUGCAGGAAAUCCAGUAUCUUGUGCUGUUGGUUUGGCUGUCCUGGAUGUAAUUGAAAAAGAAGACCUCCAAGAAAAUGCCAGCAGAGUAGGGAAUUUUCUCACUGAGUUACUGAAAAAACAGAAGGCUAAACACACUUUGAUAGGAGAUAUUAGGGGCAUUGGGCUUUUUAUUGGAAUUGAUUUAGUGAAGGACCAUCAGAAAAGGACCCCUGCCACAGCUGAAGCUCAGCACAUCAUCUACAAGAUGAAAGAAAAACGUGUGCUUCUCAGUGCUGAUGGACCUCAUAGAAAUGUACUUAAAAUAAAACCACCUAUGUGCUUCACUGAAGAAGAUGCAAAGUUCAUGGUGGACCAACUUGAUGGGAUUCUAACAGUUUUAGAAGAAGCCACGGGAACCAAAACUGAAAGUGUGACCUCUGAGAAUACCCCAUGCAAAACAAAGAUGCUGAAAGAAGCACACGUAGAACUGCUUAGGGACAGCACCACUGACUCCAAAGAAAAUCCCAGCACAAAGAGAAAUGGAAUGUACACAGAUACACAUGCGCUGCUCAGUAAGAGGCUCAAGACAUGAACAAUUUGCAUUUUAAAGCAAGAUGUGAUGUCCAGAGUUAUAGACAAUGAGUAGAUGUUUCUCAUCAGUGAAUAGCUCUAUUGUACCUCUAACAGCUCUACUGUCAGUCAGUUUAGAUUCAUAAAUAAAAAGGUAAAUGAGUCAUCAGUAUAGACUAAGUGAUAAUCAAGCCAUGUCAAGAUUAUUAGUUCAGCCUGUUAAUUUCCUUACUUGAGAUUUCUGAAGCUACCUAAUUUAUUCUAUUAAAUGUAAGCUUGCAAACUCAAAAUUAAGUUGGCAGGUUUACCUCUCAUGUUUUAAUGUUUCAAAUUAGAGAGCAAAGUCUAAUAGGUUCCUUUGCUUUUGAGACUUAGUGCCUUAAAAUAUGUCUUCUAUAAUGAUUUUAUAUGUAAAAGUAUAUUUAUUGACUGUAAUAAAAUAAACUAUGAUGUAAACAAAAAAAA